ACGUUAACGUUACUGUUAUGCUAACGUUAGCUCGCAAGUUACAGUACAGUAGCACCGAAGAUACUGCUGGUAGAACUAACGUUACUAGCUAGCUAGAUAGCAUCUUUCCUACGGUGUCGCCGUGGUUUAGAUAGAAGACCAGGAAAGGUACCGGAAGUGACGGUGCUUCUGUGUUGCCAUGGCGUCUGAGCUGCAGGAGGCGAUCUGCAUGGCCAAGCAGGAGCGUCACAAGAACCUGUUCCUCAACUACAGGAACCUGAACAUCUUUCCUGUCGAUCUGCUGAAGGAUGAAGGACUACAGUUCCUACAGAGGCUUUAUAUGAAGAGGAACUCUCUCACCACGCUGCCGGACAAUCUAGCACAGAAGCUCCCCAACUUAAUAGAGCUGUAUCUGCAUUCCAACAACAUAACC